GAAUACCAUUGACACGGAGAAGCUGUUGUGUGGCCACCCUACGUUCCGUAUCCCCGUCGCGUUGAAUUCCAUCGCAACCUAUAGGAGUGGUUCCUGCAAGUCAAUCCGAAUAUCGGCACAAGAAAGGACUGUAUCGCCCGCUCAUCCGCGCUCCAUAUCGACUCCACAACCCACAAGAACCGUCUUUCAGAAGCCGUCACCUGCGAUCUAUACAACUUCCACCCCCAGCGAAGGAACGAGUGCGUAUGCUUCCCCAUCUAUAGAGACAAUGUCACCCAGAUCUCUACCGUCGUCCACGACAUGUACAAAGUCUUCGAGACCACUUCAGUUUUCUACCCCCCGGUCCAAGUCGUCGAAAGCUGUCUACUUGCAGCUGCAACACAAGGCCCGCCUACUGUUUGCAACUCCCACAAGUCAAAAUGUCCGAAAUCCGUGCAAGUCGUCAGUAGGGAACCCAGAGUCCUUGGAGGCUUUCCAUAUUGCCCAACGCCUGGUCGGCAAGCACGACAGCAUUUACCGGCCCGUACCCUUGCUGAAUCGUGGAAGUAUGCCAUAACUUCGACAUCAACAUCAAUCAAAAGCUCGCCCACCAAGGACUGGUCCUCCUUGCCGACUGAUGCGACUUGUGAAAGAAACGAGACAAGAGCAGAGAAGAAGCAAUGCAGACAAGACAUGUGCAUGUGGGGGUUCCUUCGGGCCUGGAUGUCUCCCGAGGUCAAGGCGGUCACUGCCCUUGACUCCAAUGGUGUGUUCCUGUUCGCCACCGAGAGAACAGAUUACGCCACCAUGACUGGACCUCAUUGGGGAACUGUUGCCAAUCCUGCUUCCACCACGACGCCCUGGCCGACGACGACGUCCAAGGGCAAGAAGACAAAGACCAAGUCGACCUACGACACUUCGAUGCUGAAGAGCGUCGAAUCACAUCUCAAGGAGAUAGGUAUGACCGAAUUGGUGUCUUCCAAGCCAACUUCUAGACCAAAACUGGUCUGUCACGACGAAUUCAGCUGUCGAGAAUGGUGCAGCCUGAAAGAGGGCAAAAGUUUCUCACGAAUGAUGUGGCUGCUUGUGGGCGGUCUCGCGGUCACUGCAGUAGCGGGCUUGGGUAUGGCCUUGAAACUAUGGGGUAAACACAUCGGUCUGCGCUGGCGUAAGUCUCGUGCUGAGCGCCGCAGGAAAGCAGAGAAAGACAUUCAGGAAUCAGAAUCCGUCACAACUGAUCCUGGACCUGUGCAGGGUCUGGAACUCGUACGAAUCUCUCCAGCUGGCAACAGAGGUAGAGGAAGGGUGCGAUUCCAGGGUGAUGGAGCUGACAGCACCUUUGACAUGUCUGAUGGCUCAAACAAUGGUCUCAGGAGAGUGAGCGACCAUGAAUCCCACCUCAGUUUGAUGUCGACAUAGAGUCUACGAAGGUGAUUGAUGAGCAUUCAUAGGAGUCGAAAGACUUGGGUCGGUAUAUCACAUUUUCCGCUCAGAACACAAC